AGUACCUAACGAUAGCUUUUGCUUUCCUGCCACCAAAAAACAAACCGCAAAGCUUCUCUCGGUUCCUCGCCGAGAUCUAUCCCCCGCCCCGCCCCCCAAGCUCUCUCUCUACUCCGGGCGCCGGAGGCCGCCGACGGGGCAGCGCAUUGCCUCCGGCCGGUCGACCGAUUUGACUCCGCGCGGCGGCUCCCCGCUUUCCCGCGCUCCCGGGAAUGGGGUCGUUCAGCGGCCACGUGCUGCCGGGGACGCUGUUCCUGGCGGUGGGCCUGUGGCGGGUGUGGUCGGCCGUGUCGCGCUUCGCCGCCGACCCGCCGGCGUUCCGCGCCCGCGCGUGGAACCCGCUCCCCAAGGGGCCCCGGCUCCUGGAGCUCUACGUGGUGGCCGGCGGCGCGUUCCUCGACAUGUGCCUCGAGCUCGGCGGCGGCGUCCUCGCCGGCCGCGGCGGGGUCGAGCCCGCCAGCCUCAUCUACCUCGAGCACGGCGGCAUGCUCCUCAUGUUCUUCCUCUUCGGCGCGCUCGCCCUCCUCUCCCAGAAGACCAGGUACCUGCCGCUGACGGACGGCGAGCUGUGCCUGGUGGUGGCGACGGCCUUCACAUCGGAGCUCCUGCUCUUCUCCUACCACUCCGGCACCCACAUGGGGCUGGAGGGCUACUACCACCACCUCCUCGCAGUCCUCGUCGGCCUCUGCAUCCUCGCCACCGUCCUCGGCGCGCUCCUGCCGACGAGCUUCCCCGCCGACCUCGCCGCCGGCGUGCUCAUCGCGCUGCAGGGGCUGUGGUUCUACCAGACGGCGCUCUCGCUGUACGGGCCCAUGCUCCCGGAAGGGUGCGCCCGGGACGCCACGGAGCGCGGCCGCGUGGACUGCCGCAGCCGCGCCGCGGAGGAGCGCGCCGAGCAGCUGGCCAACCUGCAGCUGUUCGGGGCCGUGUUCCUCGCCUUCGUGUACGCGCUCGGGUGCUACGCCGUCGCCGCGGCGAGGCACGGGCACCCGGACCUGGCGUCGAUGCACGACGGGCACGUCGCCGCCCUCGAGGGCCGCGGCGGCGGCGCUGGCGCCCGUGCCGAGGAGGAGGAGUCCACGAUCUAGUGGCAGGCAGCCGAUGCCGUUGUUCCUCCAGGACUUUUGGUGCCGGACUGCCGGUGAGGGUUGGGUAUCGGCAGGGAGGAUGCUGUGGCUUGCCGCCGGCGGUUCGGGGCCGUGCGCGGCUCUGUUGCUUCGGUUUUCAAGACCGUUUUGUGUCCGCGGCUCUAGGCCGCGCAGCUAUGUUCUCAGUAGAGUAGCAACUGCAGGACAUGGUGUGAUGUGUUCUAGUGGCGGUGCAUCUGGGGGGAAAUUUGAAAUAAAAAAGUUUCCUUUUUUUUUUGAAUCGAGGUCAGCCCAUUUCAAUUGCAAGGAACGGAAAUACUAGAGUCUGAGUCUUCCAAUAAAAAGGUAUCCUGGUCGAGGGAAAAAAUCUAAUAGAAAAAUACCAGGUUGGUCAGAAGUGUUCAGGCAAAAGGAGGGUAGGAUUUGUUUAGUAUGAAACGUAUGUAUUGCUUAAGCCCCAUGCUUGUUUGUAUAGAAUUAGUAAGUGGUAUA